UUUUUCGUGUUAGUUUAUGGCCCAGAAGACUGGAAAGAGGUUUAUCCACACUGUGCCGAGACCGCUCAGUCUCCAAUAAAUAUUCGAACAAGCACGGUAAAGAAGAACUCAGAUCUGAAAGGACUCCAGUUUACCUGUGGUAACGCAGACGGAAAGGUCAGCGGUGAUCUAAGCAACAAUGGCCAUGCUCCCACCUUAAAAAUCAACAAACCUGGAGGAACUGCUACACUCACCGGGGGACCCUUGGGAAGUAGUGUGUAUAAGCUAGAGCAGCUUCAUUUUCAUUUUGGUUGCGUAGACAGCAGAGGAUCUGAACAUACUGUGAACGGCAAACCAGCUUCAGGAGAGCUUCAUUUGGUGACUUAUAACACGAAGUACCCCAAUUUUGGUGCUGCUGCAAGUAAAGAUGAUGGACUCGCUGUGAUUGGCGUAUUCAUCCAGAAAAAUCAAAAAGAAAAUCUUGGUUUUCCCAGGCACAAACUGAAUAAUAUAAAGCAGACUGGUAAACACACUCCAGUGCGGGGAUUGUCUUUGCUCGACUUGGUGCCUCAGCUGAAAGAUCUGUCACGAACAUCUUUCUACUCGUACAAGGGAUCUCUUACCACCCCUUUCUGUUACCAGUCAGUCAAUUGGAUUGUCCUAAAAGACCCAAUUCCUGCUUGUCAAAACGAUUUUGAUGCUUUUAGAAAACUUCACAACCCAGAGAAGCACUCCAUGUGUGACAACUUCAGGCCCAUUCAGGACCUGAACGGCCGUACAGUGUCAGAAUACUCCGGAUAACUGUAGUUGCAGAGUUGUAAUGUACUGGAAAACUAAGAAAGAACUAUUAUGUAAAAGGAAUGAAAUGCUAUUAUUUUACUCACGGGGGUUAUGGUAUCAAGUUGUUGUGAAAGAGUAGGUUAUCGUUCAUCUUGUAACUGGGAACAACAAUAAAGUAAAUUGUUGUUUUGUUGUUGUUGUUGUUGUUGUUGUUGUUGUUGUUGUUUCACGAUAUAAUCACCUGAAUUGUAGACCUCGACUGUUCGACUGUUUAGUACUGUACAAUAAAGAUGUACCUUGUUAAUAAACAUUGUCGUCAUUUCAGAUCACGUGCGCCAAAAAUUCACUCUGGUGGUUGGCAAAUCAUUUGCUUACGGUCUUAUGUCCCACAAGAUUUUUGAUAUGUGUCAGUACUCAGAUUUGCUUCAAACAUUACCAGUGAAGCAUUCUUACAUUGUCCUGUGUGAAUUCCAUCAAAAUCCGCCUGGGCGGUUCU